AGACGUGGCUCGGGGCCGCCAUCUUGGCAAGAAGCGAAGUGGCAGCGGCUCCUGUCAGGGGGGCAGCAGGUCCUGAGUGGCCGGUGCUCCCCUUCCCCUGACCCCAGCUCUAGCCCCAGUGGAGCCGGAGCGCGGGUGCGCCCCACCACCGCCUCACUAUGGUGCUGUUGGCAGCAGCCGUCUGCACGAAAGCAGGAAAGGCUAUUGUUUCGCGGCAGUUUGUAGAGAUGACUCGAACUCGGAUUGAAGGUUUGUUAGCAGCUUUUCCAAAGCUCAUGAACACUGGAAAACAGCAUACAUUUGUUGAAACAGAGAGUGUAAGAUAUGUCUACCAGCCUAUGGAGAAACUGUACAUGGUUCUCAUCACUACCAAAAACAGCAACAUACUAGAAGAUCUGGAGACACUAAGGCUCUUCUCAAGAGUGAUUCCUGAAUAUUGCCGAGCCUUAGAGGAGAAUGAAAUAUCUGAGCACUGCUUUGAUUUGAUUUUUGCUUUUGAUGAAAUUGUCGCCCUGGGAUACCGGGAGAAUGUUAACCUGGCACAGAUCAGAACCUUCACAGAAAUGGAUUCUCAUGAGGAGAAGGUGUUCAGAGCAGUCAGAGAGACUCAGGAACGUGAAGCCAAGGCUGAGAUGAGGCGUAAAGCAAAGGAAUUACAACAGGCCCGAAGAGAUGCUGAAAGACAGGGCAAAAAAGCACCAGGGUUUGGGGGGUUUGGAAGUUCUGCAGUAUCUGGAGGCAGUACAGCUGCCAUGAUCACAGAGACCAUCAUUGAAAAUGAGAAGCCAAAAGUGGCUCCUGCACCAGCCAGGCCUUCAGGCCCCAGCAAGGCUUUGAAACUUGGAGCCAAAGGAAAAGAAGUCGAUAACUUUGUGGACAAAUUGAAAUCUGAAGGUGAAACUAUCAUGUCCUCCAAUAUGGGCAGGCGUACCUCUGAAGCCACCAAAGUGCAUGCUCCACCUAUUAAUAUGGAAAGUGUACAUAUGAAGAUUGAGGAAAAGAUCACAUUAACCUGUGGAAGAGACGGAGGAUUACAGAAUAUGGAGUUGCAUGGCAUGAUCAUGCUUAGGAUUUCAGAUGAUAAAUUUGGCAGAAUUCGUCUUCAUGUGGAAAACGAAGACAAGAAAGGGGUGCAGUUACAGACUCAUCCAAAUGUGGAUAAAAAACUUUUCACUGCAGAAUCUUUAAUUGGCUUGAAGAAUCCUGAGAAGUCAUUUCCAGUCAAUAGUGAUGUAGGGGUGUUAAAAUGGAGACUACAAACCACAGAAGAAUCUUUUAUUCCACUGACAAUUAAUUGCUGGCCUUCGGAGAGUGGAAAUGGCUGUGAUGUCAACAUAGAAUAUGAACUACAAGAAGAUAAUUUAGAACUAAAUGAUGUGGUUAUUGCCAUCCCACUUCCGUCUGGAGUUGGUGCACCCGUGAUUGGUGAGAUUGAUGGGGAGUAUCGACAUGACAGUCGACGAAAUACAUUGGAGUGGUGCCUGCCAGUGAUUGAUGCCAAAAAUAAGAGUGGCAGCUUGGAGUUCAGCAUUGCCGGGCAGCCUAAUGACUUCUUCCCUGUUCAAGUUUCCUUCAUCUCCAAAAAAAAUUACUGUAACAUACAGGUUACCAAAGUGACCCAAGUGGAUGGAAACAGCCCUGUAAGAUUUUCCAUGGAAACCACUUUCCUAGUGGAUAAGUACGAAAUCCUGUAAUAACAGAGAACCGAAGGGAAAUUUUUCAGAUUAAUAAAGAAGAAGCCAACAGUGGCUGAAGAGUUUUUUCCAAAUCUACAAGCCAUUGGAGACCCUUUUUUUCUGAUACAAUGCACGACUCUCUACGCGCAAGGACCCUCAACUCACCCCAGUGUUUCAGUGUCACGGAGACAUUUUUUGGCAAAGCAAUGACACAAACAAAGGGAAAGGCUGCUGAUUUCUUUGGUAGAUUUUACUGGCCAGCGGGAUAGCAAGUUCUCUCAACAAUGCCCCAGUUAAAUACCUACUCUGCCUUUACCUAAGCUGUCCUUUAUUUUAAU